AUGGCCGAAAAUGCCGAAAAUGCCGAAAAUGCCGAAUCUGCUGGUUCAGCCAUUACAGAACACACUCCGGCUGAUGCUACAAGCGUUCCUCCACCCAUCGUGAUACAGACACAUUACCAGGAUGAGACAGAAGGCAAGGUGCCCAGCACGACAGAGGAUCUCUGGGUCAGUUCGGCAGAUGGACGGUAUUCCCGUCCGCCUAUACCACUACGAGUCGGCCCUAUAAAUAAUAUCCAAACAUUUUACGUCCACAGAGACAUUCUCCUUCAGGCUGGGUGGUUUCAAAAGGCUCUUUGCGGGAAUUUCAGGGAAGCAAGCGAUCAAAUCAUUGACUUGCCGGAGGAGGAUCCUGCAGUCUUCCAUUUCUUAGUCGCCUUCUUGUACGAAGGCACCUUUGAGCCUAUCAGACCAGCAGCGAGUGUGCUGGAAGCCGGUGUCGACAAAGGCAAAGCUAUUGAAGUAGCCUCAGAACAAGCGGAAGCUUCAGAUUCGAGCUCGUCAAGCAGUAGUUCCAGCUCAGGGACAUCGAAUUCUUCAUGGCGGCGUCGACGUCGACGACAAGCUAGAGCUACCGAGCUCGACGAGGGCCAGGAUAAGCAACCAGGCCGCCAUCGACCUGGAUGUCCUUGCCCUCGGUGCCUCGCAAGGCGUGAUUUCACGAGAUGUUGGCAGUGCGGCGCCAAUCGGUCUCGCGACGUCAACAGCCAUGUGCCUUUACCUUAUGUUCGAGCAGGGCCCAGGCGUGGUAUGCCGCCUCCUGGGGCCAUGAUCCCUCCUGCUGCGAUGGCUACAUUAGCAUCUCUACAAGAACAACCUGAACGCAUCACAGGCGAGGAUCUACGGACGUGGUUCCUGGCAUAUGAGCUCCAUCUCGACGUCUACAUCUGCGCAAACCGUUUCCUCAUGGAUGACUUUCGAAAGACUGUGAUGCGCUCAUGUGUCGAUAUGCUCGAGACGGCAGGCUGGGACGCUGCACAGCCGGAUAUGAUGCAUCUAUGCAGGAAGCUCUAUCACAGCGUUCCAGAAGUGGACGAGCUGCUCAAGAUGGUCAUGGCACGUGUGGGUUUUCUACAGCCACUGCUGUGGAAGCGCUAUCCUGAGGAAACGAGCGAGUUCCUAGUGAGCAAUCCGGAGCUGGCUGCUACUAUCUUGAGAGAGACCGUGAUGAGGCAUUCUCAGCCAAUGGCGGAUCUGCCUUCGAUGGAGGCUACUCAUACUUCGGCCUAUGAGGACGAACUGCAGCAUCUAGGACGACGUCCACCUGCACAUAGCAGACCCAACCGUCACCACUAA